AAUACUACCAGAAAUCAGUGUGUGUUAAUACUACCACAAAUCAGUGUGUGUGUUAAUACUAUCAGAGAUCAGUGUGUGUUAAUACUACCAGAGAUCAGUGUGUGUUAAUACUAUCAGAAAUCAGUGUGUGUUAAUAUUAUCAGAAAUCAGUGUGUGUUAAUACUAUCAGAGAUCAGUGUGUGUUAAUACUACUAGAAAUCAGUGUAUGUUAAUACUACCAGAUGAACCGCAUAAAUCUCUAAUAAGAACAAAGACAAUACAGCUAUGAUACACAUAAUGUAAUUGUAUGCCCCUUUAUUUGACAAUGAGGGAUUACAUACAAAACGUUAAUUUUAUGAGUACUUUUGCUGAUUUGCGCCACGAUUUAUCGAACAUGACGCAAUUUUCUAAAGUAACAAAAACAACUGAAAAACAGAUAGGAAACUUUUUUCGCGGAAAUUGUCAUUUUAGUCUGGCGCAGCAGCCAAUCGUUGGUCUCCCUGCGUUCUCCAUCCCUUUCCUGUAUGUGCGAUUGUCACCAGCUUUGCCGACCUUGUGUUAGUGAGUGAAGCAUGUAGAGGUGAACUAGUGUUAGAAAAAGGAUCAGCAUGAAACAAAAAUAUACUUUCUGGGACAAAUUGAGUCUGAAGUGUGUUCUGGUGGGAGAUACGAAUGUCGGCAAGUCGAGCUUAGCUGCCAGGAUAUCAUCGAGGACUUUUAAAACGGACUAUUCUCCAACUCUAUUUGACAAUUAUUCAGCCACUGUUUCUGUUCACGGAAUUCCGUAUCAUCUGAAUCUCUUCGAUACCGCCGGGAAGGAGGAUUUCAGUAAAGUGAGAGUGAUGUCAUACAUAAACAGCGACGUGUUUUUAGUUUGUUUUUCAAUUGAUGACAUCAAAUCCCUGGUUCAUGCUCAGGAAUCAUGGGUACCGGAAUUACGUCAGCAUUUACCCAACACACCUUUCAUAUUAGUUGGAACGAAAUUGGAUGUACGAUUUCAACAACCCGAUAUUCAGGUUGUCAACAGUUCCAAGGUCUCACCAAAGCAGGGAAACGAGGUGGCUUCUGCGGUGGGGGCAUUCAGUUAUGUGGAGGUAUCCUCCUUGAGUGAGGAUGGUGUACACGAUUUAAUAAACGAGAUAGUAGCGGCCGCCAAAACGGACUGGGAAAAUAAGUGUACACAGAAAAAGACAUGCCCUUGUGUGAUUAUCUGAGAUUGCUCUGGAAAAUUAAUAUCCCGGUGCUGUUUCAAUUGUUUCUUAUGUGACUACCCAAAGUCAUUCCACUGUUUGCCUGAGGAGGUCGCCUGUGUUGUUCAGGAUUUGCCGCUUUUGUCUAUCAGUUCAAACGAUGUGACUGGAAAAGUGAUGUGUGUUUGUUACAUUGUAAACAUUCUGUUUGUUUUAAAUAUGUUACUGUUUUUACAUUUUUAUUAGUUUUAUAUUAAAGAGAGAAAUACAUGAA